AUGACUGACUCCAUCAAAGAAUUCGGCUUCACAGCCGUGCCAGCUUCAGCAUCCACUCUACUAACCUCCACACCGGCCUAUCCCAAGCCAAACACAGCCCCCAUCGCCAUCCCCGUCUCCGAGACACCCAUCCCAACCACUCCCCUCGCCCACCGCAUCAACACCUACGCCCGCACUCACCUCCCUGAGCCAACAUACAACCACUCCCUCCGUGUCUACCAUUUCGGCCUAGCAAUCAAAAAUUACCGCUUCGCCUCCUUCGCAGAUUGGGACUUUUCUGACGAGACCUACUUCCUCGCCUGCGUGCUCCACGACAUCGGCACCACAGACGAGAAUCUCGCCCAGACCCGCUUAAGCUUCGAGUUCUACGGCGGGUUCCUGGCACUUGAUGUUCUACAACGGGGUGGGUCCGGCUCUGAGUCUGCUUCGACGCGAGAACAAGCGGAGAGUGUGGCGGAGGCGAUCAUCCGACAUCAGGACCUGUGCGCUGUUGGCAAAAUUACUGCGGUGGGACAAUUGUUGCAGCUCGCGACGAUCUUCGAUAAUACCGGUGCGUACGCCGAUCUCGUCCACCCGGCCACCAUCGAGGAUGUGUCCGCUCAUUUCCCGCGACACCACUGGAGCCAGUGCUUUGUCGCUACGAUUCAUCGCGAAAAUGGACUGAAACCUUGGGCACAUACGACGGCCCUGGACGAGGAGGAUUUCCCGGCCAAGGUUAUGGGAAAUAAGCUCAUGGAGCCGUACGAGUAA